AUGUCAGGCACCAAAGUUGCGAAACGAGGCAAAGAGAACGCUCCACCUAAGACCGACCCUGCCAUCGACGAUGCCGGCAGUAGUACGUCGUUUGGUAAAGAUACAGCAGCUGACAGUAGCUUCCGAAGAGUCUUCGAAACGGAAAGUAAGCAAGCCUCUCAAAUCCUCGAAAGGCGAUGGCAACGGCGAACAGGGUGGACUCGCGGCCCAGAGCGAGACAGACUAAAGAAAGAGAGAGACGCGUUUGCCAAGCAACUAGAGGAACUGUCACGGCUACGACAGACUGAACAAGAAAUCAUCUUCGAGAGAUACAAGAAAGAGGCGGAUGAGCGAGCGAAGCUGCAAGCGAAAAUGAUUGAGACGGCGACUGCUCUGGACGAGAAGCGUGUUUCGAAGAUUUCGGAACUGGAGAAGCUCGUGAAAGAGCAGCGGGAAGCUCUAGGGAAGGCGCACGAUCGCCUGGAAGCAGCGGCCGCCGCGCCGUCAUUGGACUCCAAAAUCGAUGGAAAAGGGGUUAAGGACUUGCGGGAAGAAGUCUACAAGCUUCGCAAGGUCGUGAAGGAGAGGGAUGAACAAGUUGACCUCGAAGCUGAGAUCCAGCACACCCAACAGCUGCAAGAAGCGGCUUCGAAGGCGCCUGCUCCCGCCGCUCCGCCGCCCGCGGAAGACAGCGAAAAGGACGCUCUGAGCCUGGGACUGUACGAGGACCUUAGCGGCCUCGCAAUUCUCGGUGUUUCGGUGAAGAAGACGCAGAAAGGUCGGGAUGUAACGUUCAAGUGCAUGCAGACGUACGAGGAUAGAACACUUGCCUUCAAACUCCGAUCGUUCAACGAGUUUGAUCGGGAGGCAAACAAGUGGGUGAAGAACGUAGCUCUCAUUCCGGAAAACCUCCACAACGAGACGGACAAGGCCUUUGUGAAGCGUUUGGGCCCGUUCGCUAAGGGCUUCUGCAUCUCCCGAGACCAGUUGCCAGCGGCGUGGGAGCAGUUGAGGAGUAGGAUGAGCCGAGAGGGGCAGUACCGCGACCCGGAACAGCGAUGA